AUGAACCUGACAGAGUUUAAUCAGUCUGAUCAUUGUGAGCAUUUUUACUGUCAAGAGAGAACUGUAUCUCCUGCAGUUGAUAUCUUACUGUACGUGUGUUCAGCUGCUGUGGUUUUGCUAACAGUAUGUGGAAAUCUGCUCAUCAUCAUCUCAGUUUUUCACUUCAAGCAGCUUCAUACCCCGACUAACACACUUGUGCUCUCUUUGGCUGUGUCAGAUUUCUUUAUUGGUGUAUUUGUAAUGCCACCAAUGUUCAGUUGGACAAUCGAGUCAUGCUGGAUUUUUGGAAGAGACUUUUGCAUCAUUUUUUUGUUAAUUAAUGGUUUUCUCACAGCCUCAUCUACUUAUACCAUUGCACUUAUCGCUGUGGAUCGGUAUUUGGCUUUAUCAAACCCUUUUCUCUACACAAACACAAUCUCUAGAAGGAAUAUGUGCAAUGUUGUUUAUUUUAACUUACUUUUGUGUCUGGUAAAUACCAUAGCAUUCUAUUAUUUCAAUGGAAUAUUUACAGGUUAUGUAAUGUGUCCUGGAGAAUGCCUUCUCACUGUGAGUCAGGUUUGGUUUGUAAUUAAUCUCAUAUUUUCAUUUUUAUUUCCACUUUCUGUCAUAAUUAUAUUUUAUACUUUAGUUUUUGUGAUUGCUAAGAAACAUGCCACUGCUAUCAGAGAGCUUAAUAACCACAAAUGGUCUAAAACACAGAAAAUCACCUCACACUCGAUGAAAUCUGAAAGAAAAGCAGCUAAAGUCCUUGGCAUUUUAGUAUUUGUGUUUCUGGUGUGUUUACUUCCAUAUUUUGUGUAUAAUUUAAUAGGGGAUAUGGUUGAAUUACAAUCAGAAAUUGUUCAUAAAGUCCUUAUUAUAAUGUAUCUCAGUUCCACUAUUAAUCCAUUUAUUUAUGCUUUGUUUUACCCAUGGUUUAGAAAAUGUAUUAAAUUAAUUAUUACAUGGCAAAUAUUUCAACCAGACUCUGCAUUAAUCAGUGUUUUUUCAUAA